AUGGAGGAUUUUAGUGAUAUGUUGGAAGAACAGGCGUUGGUGGAUGUUAAGACUACUAAUGCGUGGUUUACGUGGUCAAACAACAGAGAGGGCCCUAACCUUGUUAAGGAGAGACUGGACAGGUUCCUUAUCUCGGAUGAUUUGGUUGAGAAGUUGCCUUUUAUGAAUACUAGAGUGGUGCAACAGUCUAAGUCUGACCAUGAUUCUGUUCUCCUUAAUACAGAAGCCAGGAAUAUUAUUAAGCGUAUCUGGGAUGAUAAGAACAGCGACAUGAUGAAUAAGAUGGAAAACGUCCGAAAGGAGCUUGGACCGUGGCAAUAUGGAAGGUACAGAAGAAUGAAAUAUGAUAUCAACAGGUUGGAAAAGAAGAUUGGGAAGAUUAUGGAUGGGCCUAUCAGCAUGGGAUCGUUGAACCUUCUAAAGACUACUCGUGACCAUCUUGGCAAGUUGUAUGACGCGGAAGAGAAGUAUUGGGCGCAAAGGGCUUGUAACCAAUGGUUAAGAGAAGGUGACAGGAAUACCCGUUAUUUCCAUGUGCGGGUUACGGGGCGUAAGAAGAAAAAUCUUAUUGAUAAGCUGAAAGAUGUGAACAGUGUGUGGUAUGAAGAUAAGAACGAAAUCAGUCAUAUUGCUUGGAGCUACUUCCAUAACCCUUUCAAAACUUCAAUUAGGUCAAAUGAGGAUGUUGAUCUUGUUUUUGUUCCGAAGUGUAUGACCAACAAUAUGAAUUGCUAG